GUCUCCAUGUCCCGGGCCCGCCCUCUGGGCCGCGGUGACGGUGCGGCGGAUUACCCCGGAAGCAGGCGGCUCCUCCCCCCGGCCCCGGCCACGGCCUGUGUGUGGGCGGCGAGCUGAUGGCGGCCAGGGUCGGGGACGGCUGGGGCCGCUUGGUGUGGCCGGCGCCCAGCUCGGGCACCCCGCACGCAGACUGGAUGGGCAGCCUCCCGCCGGCGCUCAGCGCCCUGCCCCUCGCCAACCUCGCCGUGCCCGGAUCACAUGAUUCCUUCAGCUUUUGGAUUGAUGAAAAAUCCCCUGUUGGUCUGGAUCAACCAGUCGUGGUUAGGCAUCUGGCUGGAAUCUUCCGCUCUCUCUGGAAGAAAAUGAUGAAGAAGUGGUCUGUGACACAGAGCUUGACUUUCAGAGAGCAACUGGAAGCUGGCAUCCGCUACUUUGACCUCCGAGUCUCCACAAAACCGGGAGAAGAAGACGAGCUUUAUUUCAUCCAUGGGUUGUUUGGCAACAAGGUUUAUGAUGGACUGAUAGAAAUUAACAAUUUUUUGAAAUCUCACAGCAAGGAGGUGAUCUUUCUGGAUUUCAAUCACCAUUAUGCAAUGGAAGACUCAAACCAUGAAUACCUCAUCCAAAUGCUUAAAAAGAUAUUUGGAUCCAGACUCUGCAGGGCCAAGCUAGUUGAGGAAAUAACACUUCAGUAUUUAUGGGAACACAAGUACCAGGUGUUGGUGUUUUAUCACCAUCCGGUGGCCCACGACUUUCCCUUCCUCUGGCCUGGACAUCAGAUCCCAGCGCCCUGGGCAAACACCACUGAUGCUCAGAAACUGGUGCAAUUCCUGGAGACGACCCUGAGCGAGCGGGCAAAGCGCAGGACCUUCCACGUGUCGCAGGCCAUCCUGACCCCACAAGCCAAAACUGUCAUCCGAGGAUUGAUCGUCGGACUGCGGGAUUCUCUGGUUGCAAGAAAUCUUCCUGUGAUAAUGAACUGGGUGAAAUCUCAGAAACCGGGCGUCAAUGGCGUCAACAUCAUCACCUCAGACUUUGUGGAACUUGUGGACUUUGCUACAACUGUGAUCAAGCUCAACUACCUGCUCCUGCACGACAAGGCCAAACGCGAGCAUGUUUAGCACCCUCAAGACGGCGGCUGGUUUUCAGAUGUAGUAGGAUUAGAAGGUGUGAGCAUGUUGGGCCAGUGUGUGCAGAUGUGCUUCAGUCCCCAUUUUAAAGUUCUACAUUCUGCCCUUACAUUUCUGAAAAAGAAUCACUUGUGCAAACUAAUCAUACCACAUUAAAUUCUAGACCGUCUCCACAGGAGGGUGGGUGUGACCACAUUGUGACAAGUUUAAAAUAAAACCAAAAGUGUUGGAAAUACCCAGCGGUCAGAUGCAUCUGAGCUGGGAAAAGUUAGAAGUGAUUAUUUGUGUUUUCAGCUGGUCAUGGACCCUUACAACACGGAAACAGGCCCAACGGUCCAACUGGUCCAUGCUGACCAAGAUGCCCAUCUGCCCACGUUUGGCCCAUAUCCCUCUAAACAUUUCCUAUCCAUGUACCUGUCCAAGUGUCUUUUAAAUGUUGUUAAUGUACCUGCCUCAACCACUUCCUCUGGCAGCUUGUUCAAUAUAUGGACCACUUCUGGGUGAAAACGUUGCCCCUUGGGUUCCUAUUAAAUAUCACCCCUCUCACCCUAAACCUACACCCACUUAUUCUUGAUUCCACAACCCUGGGAAAAUGACUGUGUGCAUUCACCUGUCUAUGCCCCUCACGAUUUUAUACACCCCUAUAAGGUCACCCUUCAGUCUCCUACACGCCAAUGAGUCAAGUCCUAGCCUGCCUAACCUCUCUCUGCAACUCAGGCCCUCGAGUCCUGGCAAUAUCCUCGUAAAUCUUUUCUGCUGAACCUUUCCUGAAUACACUUAACAAAUUCCACCCCAUCUAAGCCCCCUGAGCACCUUGGCAGUCCCAGUCUAUGGGCAGGUAAUUUCACACAUUUACUUGUCUCCUCCAGACCUAGCCUUUGUCAUUCCCUGGCCUCUCCCACCUUCCUUCACCUGGCUGCACCAUUCCUUUUGUCAUUUAUCAUCACUGCUGCCCCAUCACAGUGCUUCCCCUAUCCCUCGCCCACUGUCUCCCUCUGCAUCAUAAUACUUAUUUACUCUUUUUUGAUGGAAGGUGAUCAAGAUGAAACGUGAACUGUUUCUCUCCAUGGAUUCUACCUGACCUGCUGAGUAUUCCCAGCAGUUUCUGUUUAAUGUCAGGUUCCUAGCAUCUAUUUUUGUGACAAAUUUACACACCUGGGUUCCACUAUAAAAAUGGAGGUACAUGAUUUCUAGAAGGAGGAUAGAUAAUAUAAUAUAUUUGGAACUAGAUAUUAUUACAAUUAAACUGAAGAAUUUGAGUAUUUCCCUCCCCAUUAGUACACCCUGACCUGCUGGGCAUGUCCCACAGAGCUUGACUAUUUGCAACACGUUGUCCUUUUUUCUUUGUGUUGUCAACCUCUAACUGCCUCAUUAAUCCAUCUAACCAGAGCACCCCACAACACAUCCCCAUGGCAAUCCUGUCCUCACCCUAUCAUAGACAUUCCCUUUGUCCUAUCCAUCCCUCCCCCACCUCUCUGCAACUUAAAGUUAAAUUGUUUAUUUUCCUUCUUCCUAGUUCUGAGGAAGGGUCUCAGACCUGAAAUGUUAACUCUGUUUCUAUUUCCACAGAUGCUGCCUGACCUGCUGAGUGUUUAGCAUUUUCGGGUUUUAUUUCAGAUUUCCAUCGUCUGCAGAUUUUUGCUUUAUUUUCAUGAAUGAUUUUGAGGAGCUGCUUUGAAAAAUUAAUAAUUUUUUUUAAAUGUUGGUUCAGAUUGUCUGAAAACAGGUGAAAAAACAUUGAAAAAGAUGCUGGAAAUCUGAAAUAAAAGCAGAAAAAGCUGGAGAAGACAUUCCAAAUUCACUACAAUUUAUCACAAGCUAUGUGUGUGUGGAGAAUAUAGUUUAAACACUAACAGAUUGAGUAAGAAGCAGCAAACUUGAAUACUUCAUCUCAGAUACAUACAAUUAUUAAAUUUUCUGCCAAGUUCUGCAUUCAAAAUAAAUGCAAAACGGAUGUGCAGUAGUGCUGUAAAAUAUUUUAAUCGGAAUGGGAUUGUGCCUGGUCAAGGCAAAUUAGAUUUGAUCAAAAUGGUUUGCACAUGUUCUCAGGGUCCAGCUCCUUCAGAUGAUGUUCAGGAACACUGGGAUUGUAUACAAGGCAAUUAUUGAUGAUAAUUGACUGUUUACCUAUCUAGAUGUAUGUACACUGACCCAUCUCUAUAUAGUAAAUUAAGAAAGUAAUUGGAUUAUAUAUUGUUGUGUUUGAAGAAUCACUUGGUCUGUUUAGUAACAUGGAUUGUCUCAAGCAUUGGUUUAGAUUUUUCUGUGGAAAUUAGGAUUUCUGUUCCACAUCUGGGGUGUAAACUGGUUGAACCACGUCUGUUGUUUAGUAAAGGGAUGUUGUGCUCCUGACAAAAUACGUGGGCCAAGUUUUCUUGUAGCGGUUUCACGAUGAUGAUGAUGGGGUUUUUGGCCUUUAUUUUUGAUUUAGUUGUGCUUUCUCUGGUUUUAUUUUUUGGCAAAACUGAGUACAUUUGUUUCUUAAGAAACCUCUCAAGAGGUGCAUCAACUUUCAGUAUCUUAAGGUUGACUAAAUUAAAAUUGCUAAGAAUAAUCACUGCAGACUAGUAGCUCAAUUAUUUCACCUGGAGUCCAUCACUCCACUUCCAUGGGUGCAAUUACUCUUCAGUCUUUUCUACUCCAUUAGAGAGCUGGAAAUCCAAAGGCAUUAUUAGUUAAAGAUCAUUGGCCCAUAUGAGAUCAACCAAUAGCCAAUCAGAAUGUCAGUAAAUAGUCAAUGAACCAAUCAACUGAUACCCUUCAUCUCAAAACUGACAGAAGACACCAAAUUGAUCAGAGCUGAGGAACAAACCAUUCUUGUGUUUUAAUUGUUAGUUUAUUGAGUUAUUUCUGGUGUCUGUAAUGCUUCAGGAAUGAAAUAUUUGAAUCUGGAAGAGAAUUGUCAUUAAGAAGUUGUUUCCAGGGAUAGAUUUUCAUGUAUUUUUGUGAAAGUAAAAUAACUGUUUCCAUUGACAGUGAAAUUUUCUGUAAACUUUUCUGAUUUUACAAAUAAACUUUUAAAAAAUAAUAAAUGGUUAUUUAAAGGGCAGUGAG